CGUAAACAGUCAACAAACGCUGUCCAUUCGAUAUCGUUGCUGUCAGGUGUUUGGAUGUGAAAUUUUUAACAUUAAGAAAAUUUAAGAAUGAAAAAGUGAAUUUCCCCGUAACAUAAGUUGGUUGAUACCGGUUCACCAUGUUUAUUUACCUGAGCAAAAAGAUAGCCAUCCCGAACAACACUCGUCUGAACUGCAUAGCAUGGAACAAGGAGCAGGGCUACGUAGCAGUAGGGGGCGAAGAUGGGUUGCUGAAGGUGUUGAAGCUGGAACAGGCCACGGCGAGCAGUGCAGUCCCGGGGAAAGCGCUGCAACCGAGCAACCUCUCGAUGAACCAAACCCUGGAGGGGCACAAAUCGGCCAUCCACGUCGUCACCUGGAAUGAAUCGCAGCAGAAGCUGACCUCCUCGGACCGGGACGGGGUCAUUAUGGUCUGGAUGAUGUAUAAGGGCUCAUGGUACGAAGAGAUGACCAACGACCGAAAGAAGUCAACGGUACGGGGCAUGGCGUGGACCAGUGAUGGUCAGCGGAUUUGUAUAGUUUAUGAGGACGGGACGGUUAUUGUGGGAUCUGUCGAUGGUAAUCGCAUUUGGGGUAAAGAUCUGAAGAACGUAUCCUUGACUGGAGUCCAGUGGAGCCCUGACGGCAGGCUUUUGUUGUUUAGUAUUAAAACAGGAGAACUCCACCUGUACGACAACCAGGGAAUAUUUGUUAUGAAGCUUAACAUACAAUGUGUUUAUUUGACACCAGCGAAGAGUAUUACGGUUGUUGGACUUUGCUGGUAUCAUGAAGCUGUGGCCACUAAUCGACCUGUUUUGGCGAUUUGUUACGAAAAUGGUAAAAUGCAAAUAAUGAGGAGCGAAAAUGAUGAUACACCAGUGAUAAUCGAUACGAACAUGCAGGCGAUUUCCUGUAUGUGGAAUCACGAUGGUACAAUUAUGGCAGUCUGUGGAAUGAAAACCAAUCUUAACGAUAAGGAAACAAAUCAAGUACAAUUUUAUACACCAUAUGGAGUACAUAUCAGAACUUUAAAAAUACCUGGAAAAGAAAUUACGUCCCUCUCCUGGGAGGGAAAAUCGUUAAGAAUCGCUCUCUCAGUAGAUUCGUUCAUAUACUUUGCCAACAUAAGACCGGACUAUACGUGGUGUUAUUUCAACAAAACCGUAUGUUAUUUGGAGGCUACAAAAAGUGAGGAGAUAUCGUUGGUUACGUUCUGGGAUACCAACUCGAACCAGUGUUAUUCAAAGCAAAUUGAUCCGGUUAUUGGAAUGGCUGCCACUACCGAUCAUUCCGUUCUGGCGGUGGAAACCAAAAUCAGCGCUAAGGAGUUUAAUUUCCUAGGUGACAGCAAGAGCAAGGAUUACAUGUAUCAGCUAUUGGUUUGCAACUCAAUAAGCACCACUGUCGAUUCUAAGUACAUUGAUAUAAAGCCUAAUUUUAUUGCAAUGAAUUCAACUCAUGUCAUAGUUGCGUCAAAAGAUCAGUUUCUGUUAUGGCACUACCAUACUCCCAAGGGCGCCUCGACUUUGCAUGCCACCGUCAAAGUAAAGAAGGACAAAAAAUACCAUAUUGACGAUACGCCAGCUUUGGACGUUUUGAAUGAUCUGGAUGCGAACAACACGUACGACAUUCCCACGAAAACGGACCCCAGCCAGGAUCCCAUUUGCUGUAUUGCCGUUUCGGAACAACUUCUGCUGAUUGGGCGAGAAUCCGGAUUGAUUCAUGAAUACACGUUGCCCCAUUUGGUGCUAAGAAACAGGCACUAUUUGCAAACACGUUGCUACAAAAUGGCCAUUAACUGCAAUUCAACUCGAGCUGCUUUGAUUGAUUGCAACGGUGUUCUGACGACGCUGUCCUUGCGAGAAGAUACCGACGAAAGCCAGAACACCGAGGGGAAAAUUGAAAGGAAAGAUGUCUGGGCAGUUUGUUGGGCUAGAGAUAAUCCUCAAUUGUUGGCGAUUAUGGAAAAGACCAGAAUGUAUAUUCUUAAAGGAGCGGAUCCGGAAGAGCCGAUAUCAUGUUCUGGAUAUAUCUGUAAUUUUGAAGACCUGGAAAUAACUGGAGUACUUUUGGAUGAAAUCAUCAAAGCAAAUGCUACUCCAAAUGUCAAGGAACACAUUCUACAGCUUCGGGUCAAAUCGCUGCGAGACACGGAAGAUCUGUUGUCUCAUGUUGGCAUAACUGAGGCUAAACAGUUUAUAGAGGAUAAUUCCCAUCCACGUUUAUGGAGACUACUGGCCGAAGCUUCACUAAAGAAACUGGAUCUCGAAACAGCUGAAUCUGCUUUUGUUCGCUGCAGUAACUACCCGGGAAUUCAGCUCAUUAAACGGCUUAAGAGCAUCCAGCUGGAGGUGCUUCAAAAGGCGGAGAUUUGUGCCUUUUUUGGUGAAUUUGACGAGGCUGAAAAGUUGUACAUCGAUAUCGAUCGCCGUGAUCUCGCCAUAAGCUUAAGGCAAACUUUGUGCGAUUGGUUUCGAACAGUUCAACUCUAUCGAAUGGGACCUGGCAUAUCUGAUCAGCAGAUGGAGCAUGCUUGGCGAGAAAUCGGACACCAUUUCAUGAAUAUGAGAGCCUGGGAAAGUGCUAAAGAAUAUUACGAGAAGGCUCAUUACAUCGAAGGUCUCAUGGAUACCUUGUAUCAUUUGGAACAAUAUGAUGAGCUUGUAGGCUGCAUGCAUAAGUUGCCUGAGAAGAGUACACAUCUGGCGAAAUUAGGUCAAAUGUUAUCCACAGUUGGAAUGUGUGAACAGUCGGUUGCCGCAUAUCUUAAACUAGGCGAUGUCAAAUCAGCAGUUUCUACUUGUAUUGGACUGCGUCAAUGGGGUUUGGCUGUUGAACUCGCUCAAAAGUACAAGAUGCCUCAGAUAAGUGCACUUUUGAGUAAGCACGCUGCUCAUUUGUUGCAGGAGGGAAAACUGCCUGAAGCUAUCGAGCUGCAGAAAAAAGCGGGACGAUUCCUCGAUGCCGCUAGACUUCUGGUGAAAAUGGCCGAGAGUGAAGCAGAGAAAAAAUCAGACCUCGUUAGCAUCAAACAACUUUAUGUACUAUCCGGAUUGUUAGCUGAGGAACACAUUGAAAAACAAAUUUCCUUGACGGAUGGCAAUCGAGCAACAGUUCUGUCCCAGAUGAACCCUGAAGAUUCGGCGCUGAUUGAAAAUAUUUGGCACCAUGCAGAGGCCUAUCACUACAUGUUGCUAGCUCAGAGACAACUUCGCUCUGGUUUACUGCAUAGUGCAGUUAUCACUGCAUUACGUCUACGUGAGUAUGAAGACGUUCUCGAUAUUGAAGCUCUCUAUUCCUUGUUGGCGUUGGCUAGCUGUGCAGAUAGAUCAUUCGGUACUUGUUCGAAAGCAUUCAUCAAACUGGAAGGUUUAGAAAACAUACCAGAAGCUCGCAAACAGCAGUUUGAGGAAUUGGCAAUCAAUAUAUUCUCUCGCUACGAACCGAAAGAUGGAAAAUCUAAACAUGUAACAUGUUUCACCUGUGAGACUCCCGUCACGGACAGUAGUACCUGUUGCCCGAACUGCGGAAGUCAUUUCCCUCCCUGUAUUGCAUCUGGACAACCUUUAACCAAUCCAACUGGUGCCUGGCAGUGUACCACCUGCUAUCACGUUGCAAACCCCCUAGAGAUUACUGCCCGGAAAACCUGCCCUCUUUGUCAUGCUUUGAUUGCUGCUAAAGGUGUUGUCGAAGUUUAAAAUUGUAACGCACCCCGUACUUUGAAUAAAUUGUUUUAUUUCACCAACA